ACGUCAGCCAGACUCUCUCCAGAGGGACGCAGCGUUGAGCGUUUGUGCAGCCAGGCGGCCAGUGUGCAUCCCAGGACGCAACAUCAGUGUAGCUGGGGCUCAACUUUCGUCUCAUCUCUGAACCUCGGACGCUUUGGGAAAGUUACAAAACGAAAAUGGGUUGCUUUGAGUGCUGCAUCAAAUGUUUAGGCGGCGUGCCCUACGCGUCCCUGGUGGCCACGAUCCUCUGCUUCUCUGGCGUGGCCCUGUUCUGCGGAUGCGGCCACGUGGCUCUGACUGGAACUGUGACCAUCCUGGAAACCCACUUCUCCAAGGUCACCAGUGAUCACGCCAUGCUGACUGAUGUAAUACAACUGAUGCAGUACGUCAUCUACGGCAUCGCGUCGUUUUUCUUCCUGUACGGGAUCAUUUUGCUUGCCGAGGGCUUCUACACCACUAGCGCAGUCAAGGAACUGCACAGCGAGUUCAAGACCACCAUCUGUGGACGCUGCAUCAGUGGAAUGUUCGUGUUCCUCACGUACAUCCUGGGCGUGGCCUGGCUCGGCGUCUUCGGCUUCUCGGCUGUGCCCGUCUUCCUCUUCUACAACAUGUGGUCCACCUGUGCUACCAUGAAGUCUCCCAUGGCCAACCUCACAAACGUCGACUCUAUCUGCGUGGAUGUCCGCCAGUAUGGAAUUAUCCCAUGGAACGCCACUCCAGGGAAGGCCUGUGGAGCCACGCUAGGCGAUAUCUGCAGCACCAGCGAGUUCUACCUUUCCUAUCACCUGUACAUCGUAGCGUGCGCCGGGGCAGGAGCCACCGUGAUCGCUCUGAUCCACUUCCUCAUGAUUCUCUCAGCAAACUGGGCCUACCUUAAGGAUGCCAGUCAAAUGCAUGCCUACCAAGACAUCAAAAUGAAGGAAGAGCGGGAGCUGCAGGACAUCACCUCACGCUCAAAGGAAUGCCUCAAUUCCUACACAUAAGGACUCGCACACACUCCCAGGCCACAGAAGCAAACACACAUAUACAAACAGACAGACAUACAUAGACACUGAGGCCGACCACUGAGGCCCCUUCGGACCAAGGCAACGCUAAAAUAACCUGCCAACUGCACUGACACUGUGCAGUACUAACAAGGCUCCUAACAAACUAACACAUCAGUGUUGCUUUCUGCACUAACAGUGUUUCAGAACUGCUACGUCAAGUGUUCAUGCUGAUUUUUAACUUCUUUUUAUCUUCAAGAGGAAAAAAAAAAACAAACAAAAGAGUUCUGAUGUUCAUCUAACUGUUGAUUCUCUCUGGUCCUUUUUUUUUUAUAGCCAGUUCUUGCUGGUGAAGCUUGAGACAUUGCACUAUUCUCAUAACAGUGACUCUUUUGUUUUACGAUCUUUGCUCCUUCUUUCUUAUGUAGUCCAUUUUUAACUAGGGAAGGUACAAAAAUCAUUGUUUUUUUUUUGUUUUUUUUUCUCCAGUCAAAAUUUACAGAUGUGUUACAACAUGAAACGCCUUACAACCCAAUCUGAUUUUGUGUGUCACACUCCACUGGCACAAGACUGACGUCAACAAAAGACGUCACAGAAAGGAAACGGAUGAAUUAUAAAAUGUGCACCAGACCCCGUUGUAAAAAAAAAAAAAAAUAGAAGCUUUUUAUAUGCGCUUUGUAAGGCUAGAAAUCAUUGAUGAUUGUGAGAAUUUAACUUGAACCGCCAUCUCAGUUAGCGUCCAUUUCAGCGCUGUUGAUUCUAAUUUCCAUUGUACAGCUACUUAAGUCAUUCGGAGCAUUAAUGGCCUACAUUAACACUACCUCAGGUGUGCACUAGACCCUAACUGGGACAAACAACACUUCUCCCCUGUUUCAAAAUGAUUAAAAGCCGAGUAGAUACGAUGUGAUGCACAUGAGGAGUUAGUCGAAUUUCACAGAUGAUGCCAUGCUAAUAACACUCUUGCUAAAUGUGAAUGCUGCCAAGCCAAAAUCAGUGUAUUAGAUAUCCUAAAACUUUUGGUCCACAUGCAUUCACAUAGGAAAAUGAAAAAGGAAAAUCAAUGCUUGCCAAUGAAUUGAUUGUUUUUAGAGAUUGUCUAUUUAGAUACAACGUACAACCUGAUCAAAAAUGACUUGACUUUGAGAAUUAAUACAAAACAUGCAUGACUACGUCCCAUGUGCAUUGUCACCAUCUGAAACUGAGCUAAAGAACUCGAGGUGUUAACGCUGUAAAGUUAUUACAAGUCAGGCUUUUAGUAUUUUUUUGUUAUUUUUUGAGGAUGAAAAUCUUUUUUUUUUUUUUUUUCUAUAAAUUGCAUAUGUUUUUCACAUGCAAUUGUCAUAAUGUUGACUUAAUUAUUCGUGUAAUCCUUUAUGUGUAUUAGUUGAGUUACAGGGAUGACUUGAUGUUUCUUUGUUGCAUGAAGACAACACGUGAUGUACAGUCAUGUACGCUGGCAUCAGUAGUAGGCAGUGUUUGCCCGUUUCCUUUUUUUUUUUCUAACUGAAAUUAACCCAUUUUAUCUAGCUGAUUAGUUAUAGAUGAUUAUUUUAGGUUCUUUUAAUCUAUUCAAAAAUAUAUUAUUUUGUUGCCUGAUAGUAUACCUGUAUUUUCUAUGAAUGUCAAGGGCUUCCUCGUGACUUUUAAUUCAACUUCAAGUAACAGUUAGUCACAAUUCCAGUCAUUUAAACAACUGAAUAAGAACAUAAAAGGUAAAUUUAGCCAAAGUAUGAAUGCCAGGGUGACUUGAGACCAGUGUAUGAAAUGGUAUCUGUGAGAUGCGAAGCCUGAAAUGUUCUACAGGGGCAGAAAGGUGACAGAUGUACAUGGCGCUGAUGUACGUCCCAGCUCAUCUUUGUGCGUUUCCUCUUGAAUGAACCAAAAAGUGAAGAGAAGGCUAUCUAUCAAUCACCAGGAGGACAACAAUCAAUUAGCAAACAUCUUGUCUGACUGGAGACCCCUUUAUGACACGACCUGGCCUGUUGACUGUUUUUAAGAAAAUAAAUAAAGAAAAAAAUACAACAAA